GCACCCAAGAAGGCCAAGAGAAGGGCAGCAGCAGAAGGGAGCUCCAAUGUCUUCUCCAUGUUUGACCAGACUCAGAUCCAGGAGUUCAAGGAGGCUUUUACUGUAAUUGACCAGAACCGGGAUGGCAUUAUUGACAAGGAGGAUCUCCGGGAUACCUUUGCUGCCAUGGGCCGCCUCAAUGUGAAGAACGAGGAACUCGAUGCAAUGAUGAAGGAAGCCAGUGGGCCCAUCAACUUCACUGUCUUCCUGACCAUGUUUGGAGAAAAGCUUAAGGGUGCAGACCCUGAGGACGUGAUCACUGGAGCCUUCAAGGUCCUGGACCCAGAGGGGAAGGGCACCAUCAAGAAGCAGUUCCUGGAGGAGCUGCUUACUACACAGUGUGACAGAUUUUCCCAGGAGGAGAUCAAGAACAUGUGGGCAGCCUUCCCUCCAGAUGUGGGCGGUAACGUAGACUACAAGAACAUCUGCUAUGUCAUCACACACGGUGACGCUAAGGACCAGGAAUAGGGGACCCAAGGCCUCAGAAGACCUAGAUAGGCAUCUAGUCUCUCCAACUCUCACCCGACCCUCAAUAAAACUCAACUGGUCUUUGUUUCUUA